CAUCGAUGGUUCCUCAUUAUGAACUUCAAAAGAUUGGGAAAACUUGUAUCGAAAAUGGCGUCUUUCUUUCUUGCUCUGAUCGUAUUCGGAUUCGCAGCUCAGGCCAAUGCUUGGCCAUUCCGAGGCAACAUCCCUGGCGACGACGAAGACGGUUACGGCGUCGAUCUAUCCUUAUCCUCCGUCUGCCAUCAAGCCUUCGUCGAGAACGAGAAUAAAUACGAGGAAUCGUUCGUCCAUUUCAUGCUCGAGGUCAUCUGCCCAUCUCUCCUCGAUGACGACGACGAAGGGUCGGGGGAGGGGUCCGGUCACGGGCUGGCUUGGUUAGCCACGCACGGCAACGGGUUGCGGAUUUUGGGCUUCGAAGAUAUAGUCCGAGCCCUCUCCACAGACCCCGCCACGCAGCAAUACCUCCGCGACACCGCCGAGCACAUCUGCGGAACCGAAUAUUACGUCCACCCCGGCAUCGAGGCAUUCUGCCACUUCCGCGAAGUGGGCAUCAAAAUCAACUUCUUAGAUGGAGGAAGUGGUGAUGGAAGCGGAGAAGGUGGCAGUUAUUCUAGCAGCUACAGUAGCGAUGAUGGAUACGGCUACUCUAUGUUUUCAAGUAGUUACGUGUAACUAUCGUAGUUUGGCAACCAUAAUUAUAAAAAAAGAUAAAUCUUGAGUAGCUUAACAAAUUUGAAUUGUUAAAUAUAGUGGCUUUUCAAUUUUUUUUAAUAGGGUAAUUAGUAGUGAUCUUUUUCACCAUGACAACCAUGACAACUAAUCAUAAUUAAAUACUAGUAUAAUGGCUUUUCACAUUAUUUUUCUUUUAUAAUGUGAUUCUUAUCAAUACUUAUCAAUACAAUGUGUAUAUCUUAAAUUUAUGGAUGUUGGAUUAGUAGUGCUUUUAUGUGCACUUGUGUGUUGAAAGUUUUGUACAGAGAGAUAAUGCAGAUUUGCUAAUCAUUAAUUUAGCUUUCAUUUUCGAUGGGAAAAGGGGUCCAGUGCAGCUACACACUGCAAAAACUCCGGUGUUUAUUUAACACCAGCCUGGAAUCUAUAUAUGUCCACACGAGAGAAGUAUUGAAAGAACACCAGUUUGAAAUCAAACCGAUGCUGUUUUAAUACUAAUUGGUAUUGUACAGUGCAUAUAAAAAAAAGUUUACACUUUGAAAAAGCCCUGGGAAUUAAAAAAUAUACAUCAUGUGGGUAAUUUUUUCACAUAUAAUCUUGGGUUUGGGUCUCAUCUAUCAAAUGAAAGUAAAAGUUUUGACAGAAUGUUACACUUGAGUGAGCACUGUCCAUUUUGGUAAAGCUCGCAGAAAUCUUUUUGCGCAGAAAUGCUUGUUUUCACACUGUGUCAAGGAGAAAGGGCGAAAACAAACUUACCCUGCGAAACAUUUCUCAUACAUUUCCCUUGCACUUUUGGUCAAUUGAAAUAAAACGGAUACAUUCAAGCAUUUUGUAACAAUUUUGCCACCCAAAUUGAAAUUUUAACACUGAGUAAGCACAAACUUUACCUUUUUGUGCCAGCUGGAUCUGAGGACAUAACUAAAUCUGAACAAAAGUUUAUAUCAGACAUCCCCAGCAUUUUUUCACUAAGUUUUUAUCAUUUAAAGUGGGUUUACAUUUCAUUUUUCAUUUAAAACUUGUUUCUUCACACUUUUUCCAAGCUUGAAAAUGAUUAACAAAAUGAAAAUCAAGCCUAAGCCAUUUCAUGUAAAUCACAGCUCAGUGUAAAGCAAAUAUCGUCACAAUAGUCUCGGUGAGUGGGGAAGUGUGGUGGGGCGCAAUGCACUCUUCGAAGUGUUUUGGGCAAGGAAACAAGUUAGAAAAGGUAAAAGAUUUCUUCAAAUCAAUUUUACUAGCUAAAUUCCACGUGUUCUUCAUAAUUAAGGUCUACUUAUAUUCGCAUAACUAUUUCAAAGUUCUGCGCAAAUCAUUUUUCACUAACUUUUCAAAGUAAGUGGUGCUCACUCAAGCGGAAAUAUUUUUCAACAGUUAUAUCGUCGUUUGCUUAAAUAGAUCUGUACUAAUGUUAAAAUGUGGAAAAAUCUUCAGGAUAUUACAAAUGCAUAAUUUUACAGGAUUUUUUUCUAAGUGUAACCUUUUUUUUUAUACGCACUGUAUAAACACAUACAUGUAUCUGGUGUUAGAACAAAACCAAACUGGUGUUGUUUAACACUUCUCUGGUGUGGACAUAUAUAGAUUCCGGGCUGGUGUUAAAUCAACACCGGAUUUUUUUCAGUGCAGGCUUUCACCAAAAGCUUGGAUCUUUACUGGUACAGAAUCCAUAUUCUUAGAUUUCAAGAAAAAAAAGUAAAUUACCAACAAAUUAUAACAAACAAAAUCUUGGUCUUAAUAUUCAACUUUUGAAUUCAAACUUUUUAAAAUAACAAUGAAAAAUUACUAAAUUACUAAUAGUAUAUAAUAGUUUAUAGUUCUCUCCAGUAUCCAUAUGUUCCACUCUCAAAUAAUGUUCUAAUUGUGAACAAUGUAGUGUGGUAGCUUUCACGGUACACUAUGAUAUUUCUUGGGCAAGUGUUGGUCCUGAAAAGGACCACCCAAACUCAACGUCCUUAACAGGACCCAUACUCGCCCGAGAAAAAUCAUGGUGUACUGUGAAACCUACCACACUAUUCGUUUUUGCCAUGGAAAAAUUCAGAAGUUACAAUAAACGAUUUGCUCUUUGAUUGUUAUAUAAAUGA